AUGGGUGCCGUGGAAAGCAGCGAAGGAGAACGGGAACCUUUGCUGGUUCCUUCCCAGCCGGCGAUAAACACACAGCCUGUGUUCAGCAGGGUGUACGGGAGAAGAUGGGUUGUUCUCACCAUGUUUUCAUUGUUGGGGUUUAUGCAAGGACUUGUGUGGAACACCUGGGGCCCGAUCCAGAUCUCAGCCAAACAUGUGUUCGAGUUCUCCUCGACAGAUAUCGCGGUGCUGGUGAUGUGGGGUCCAGUGGGCUACUUGCCCUGGCUGUUGUUCAUGUGGUUAAUGGAUAAGAAAGGUUUGCGGGCGUCUCUGCUGCUGUCAGCAUUCUUCAUGUUGCUGGGCGCAGUGUUACGAAGUGUUCCCCUCAAAGACCUGCACUACAGACGCUGGAUGAUUCAUGGAGGUCAACUUCUGAAUGGUUUAGCUGGUCCUACCAUUAUGAGUGCUGGUCCUUUGCUCUCUACUACUUGGUUUGCUCCCGAUCAGAGAGCUACAGCAACGGCUAUUGCAUCGCUUAUCGGCUACCUUGGCUCAGCCUGCGCCUUUCUGAUUGGUCCAUUGGCUGUCCCUGCUCCCAAUGGCACUGCGGGAAGCACCAUUUACUGGAACCAAAACCACAUAGGAGACAGGAUACAGUUUGUUCUUUAUGCAGAGGUUGGGAUGAUUGCAGCACUUUUCGUGGCUGUGCUGUUGUACUUCCCCUCCAGACCACCCAUGCCUCCCAGCGUGGCAGCGGCUAGCCAACGUCUCAGCUACAGGAGCAGCAUCUGCAAGCUGCUGAGCAAUAUGCGUUUCCUGAUGAUAGCACUCGCCUACUCCGUGCCCACAGGGGUUGUUGCCGGCUGGGCUGGUGUGUUGGACAUGAUUUUAACACCUGCUAAAGUCAGCCAGGUGGACGCUGGCUGGAUCGGGUUCUGGUCCAUAGUUGGAGGCUGUGUGUUUGGUGUGGCCAUGGCGAGGUUUGCCGACUACAUUCGAGGAAUGCUAAAGCUGAUUUUGGUGCUGAUGUUUGCCGGAGCAUCCUUAGCGGCCACCUGGUUCACUCUCACCUGCCUGACCAGGCUUACUCACCUGCCCUCCACUAAAGCCACUCUCUACACUUCCUGCAUCCUGGUGGGUAUCUUCAUCAACAGCAGUGUGCCCAUCUUCUUGGAGCUGUUCAUUGAGACGGUUUACCCUGUUCCUGAGGGCAUCACCUGCGGAGUGGUCACCUUCCUCAGCAACCUCUUCACUGGACUUUUGCUGUUUUGCCUCACCUUUUACUUUACAGAGCUGUCCUGGUUGAACUGGUGUCUGACAGGCUCCUGCAUCUUCAGUCUCCUGCUCCUCCUCUUCUUCAGGGAAUCAUACGACCGCCUCUAUUUGGAUGUCUUUGUCUCUGUCUAAGCACACAGCGUGAGCUUUUUUUUUAGCAGAAGAAGCCUUUUCAUGGACGUUGUAUUCCAGCAGAGUUUGGAGAAAGAGCACACAGCAUGCUGCUCACUUUUAUGGAUCAGUAUUUUUUUGGUUUGUUUGUUUUUUUUUUUUUUUUUUAAAUGUGGUAAUUGUGAAAUUUAUGACCAUCAGUGAUGGCAGUGCAUUGUGUUAGCAUCAUACCUAACAGCGGGAACUGAGACCUGACUAAGGAGGAAAGAAGUGUAGAUAUUGACUUUUCUACUUGACAUUUUGCCUCCUGGAUGCAUCCCUUUUUUUACAAUUUAUUAGACUUUUAAAAAUAUUUUUAUUAUUUAAAAAACAAAAACGAUUAAUGGAAAUUCUGCGUUUACAUACUGCCACAAUGAAAUGGACUUUUAUUGUGUAGAGAGGCACAGACACGAGUGGAUCUACUCACGGAUUUUGGCAGUGCCCCAUGGUGAUGACUCCUCUAGUGCUCUCACCACAUCUAAUAGGAGUGUAAUGGAUAAUUCUAGACAAGCUCAAUUAGCCGCCUGGCGGGAGCUAUGAACGUCUGUGGACCUGGGACCUCUUAGAGCUGUAGUGUCACUUGUAUAUAGCCUGUGGGAUCUGAGCUUUAAUUGACCUUUGAUGGGACUGUCUAUAUGUGGCAGACGCUGUGGUCCUCCAGUCUUCUUGUUUUCUGUUUCAGCCCAUAUUAUGCAAAGGAUAAUGCAAUCCUUGCAGCCAUUAGUCCGAUUCUUGAUCAUGUUACAUCUGAGGUCACAGUUUCUGUGAUGAGGGAUCUGUAUUAUUCAUGUUUAGGUAGCCAUUUGUGUUCAUCCCAUUCUCAUGUGACGGCUUGGUUUAUAGCUGUAGCAUGCGCACAGUGGGUGUGUGUUGCACAAGCCUUUUAGAAUUUUAUGCAAUUGAUCAUGCAUUUAAAUGCAGUUUAUUAACUCAUUUUAGUGAUUAAUACACUAAGGGAUUGUUAAUGGUUUUUAUGUCUGAGGACUGUUGGAGAAAGAGCAUUUAAACAUGGCAUUAUGAACUUCUGGAACAGUACAACACUAAUCACCAGCAAUAAUAGCCGUGUUCUGUAGCCUGUCAUGAUUCGUAACCUAAUACAAAAACAAGUGCAAUGCUCCCUCUCAAAUUUUUAAAUACAGCCUGUUGUAUGACCCAUGCACACGCUGGGCUGUUCUUUCCUGCAUUUUCAGCAUUACCAUAAAUCGAGCCCAUCUGAAUCUGGACUGCUUUGCCACUUUCACUUUGCUGUGAAAGGUGAAAUUUGGUGGCUUGAGACUUUAAUGGCUCUUUGUCUGCUGAUCGACGGUUAUCAGUGGAACAGAAAAGUGUUUUACAGACACACUGAAUCACAUGUUUCUAUAGCUUUCCAACCGAGAACUCUGGACACACACACGGUUCUGUUCUUCUCUUGUAAAAGCCUGCAUGUGAAUCACUUUUUCUUUGUACAGAACAGUUCUCUAUUUGACCUGUUUUUAAUGUUGCCUUAAUUAACAGUGACCUUUGUUCUGUCCUCCUCUUCACUGUGAUGCAGUCGGUGCUCUGUUCUGUCACUGUAGUGUUAAUCAUAAGUGGCACUGGAGAGGCGUACGUGCCCCUGUUCAUGUGCAGAAACAUGUCCGAUUUUUAGCACCUUAUUAAAAAGAUGUUUUUAAAAAGUUA